GGCAGUGUGAAAAUGCCGCCUCAUUUUGAUUCUAAGUAUGUACAGGAGAUGUAAGCCAGGCAAACAAACAAGACAGCAGGUGGGAUUAGUGUUCGCAAGUUCAGUUCAGUGGGAUUCCUGCUGUCUCGUUGUGUUCUGGGGUUCAGGAAUUUACUGUAAAAUGAAAUACAGAGGCAUGCCUCGUUGGUAUUCUAGGGAAAUGCAUGAAAAUUGUAAAGUAAGCCGUUGACGUUGGGCGGUGGGCGUCUGCGAUGGGCGGUGGGCAUUUGCGAUGGGCGGCGGUGGGUGUUGUUGAUGGGCAGUGGGCGUUUGCGAUGGGCGGCGGUGGGUGUUGUUGAUGGGCGGUGGGCAUCUGCGAUGGGCAUUUGCGAUGGGCGGUGGGCGUUUGCGAUGG